GAGUGCAUUCUAUAGUUUGUAUGAUGGAAGGAAACGUGAAACAGAUAUUUAUUUCUGGGAGUUCUCUUCAGCACAUAGAAGUAUCCUGUCAAUGACUUCACGAAAAAACAGCAGUAAUAAAAAAGCAGGAAGUGACCUUGGGAUUAGUUACCAGAUUGAGCUGCUCGGCUUGUUCGCUUUGGAAGCUUUACAAGUAGAUGAUUGGGAAAUGACUACAGAACAAGAAAAUGCCGGAAAAUUUGAUGACAUGGUGCUGCGGAUAGGAAAAGAAUAUUAUUUGAUGCAGGCCAAAUACAAAACUGGCAACAAACUUAUCAGGGCAGAUUCCUUUCGAGCUGAUUCUGAAAACGCUGACUUCGGAAUACGUUCAUAUUUCAAUUCAUUCGUCAAAAUCAAAAAUGAUUUCGAGAUAGCAAGAGUUUUCAUCUGCACCAACAUUGAUCUGGGAACAGGAAAAGAAAUAUUUUGUGAAGAACCAAUAAUUCAAGAAAAUCAAGAAAUACCUUUCAGAAUUAUAUUCAGCAAGAUAGCCAAGUCAUAUAGGUUAUUCGAUACGUCGAAUAUAUAUGAUCUAAAAGAUUCGGAAAAAUUGCAGGCCAAAGAAUUUUGCAAAAAAUUUCGAUUCAUUUAUAUGAAUGGAUCAGAACUCGACAAGGCGAUUGAGAACUCGAUUCGAAAUCUGAACGAAGAAUGGGGAGUCGGUUUUUCCAAAGAGAAUUUUAUCGCUAAUAUGAGAGACUGGUUCCAUAUGAAAAAUCAGAUGCCGCUGAUAAAGGCGUACGUGAAAGCCUUUCUAUACAACUGCCAGAGUAAAAAAUAUUUCCAGAAUUUAGAUUCUUAUGGUGUAUUAUUUGAUGAUCCUCUACCUGUGGGAGACUACGAAAUUUUGAAUGUUGUUAGCGAACAACAUCAGCUAUUGAGUAUCUUUGAAAUACAUGACACAAUCAGAGCUACAUAUGGAGCAGAAAGUUCCCUAUACCUGAAACAAGACAGUAAUGCUGAACUUGUUCGGGAGGUGAUAGAUGCAUUUCUGUGGCAUAAAUUCAUGAUACUUUUUGUAAAUGUUUCGGGAUUAACAAAAUCCAAAGCGAAAGAAAUUCUGAAGUUGAUACAUGUUAUAACAACAAAAUACAAGUAUAAAAAGGCUGUGGUCUUAUCUAAAAUAACCCUAGUUGAAGAGGAUGACUACCACAAAGUUCUUCAAGAAAAAAUUUGUUUUGGCGAUUUGAAAAAUGAAUUCAAGAAGUAUUUGUUGAGAAAAGAAAUAUUUUUUCAAGGUAAAAAAACCACUCUUGAAAGCGUCAUUGGAGAUUCAAUGAAUAAAGUCAACACAAUCAUCAACCCAGAAACUAUAAUUCACUUGAUAAAGGACUAUAAUGUAGAAAUUGGCACUCAAGUGCCCAGAUUAGCUGAAAUUGAACAAUAUUACAUAGAGAGAAGUUUCAUUCAAAUCUCAGACAGAAAAUGUUAUCAAUUUUCUGAGAGAGAAUUACUUGCGGCAGUAAAUGAAAGUGGGAGAAAAGUAUUUCUGAUAUCAAAUGGUCCUGGAAUGGGCAAAACUACGAUAUUGACAAGAUUGGGUUGCUUGAUUCAGGAAUAUCGUAAUAAUCAUUGUCUAAUCAUCAGAAUUAAUUUGAAUGAGUAUACAGAAUUAUACAAAAAAUGCUUGAAAGAACAAGAUAACAUAACAUUGAAGAAAAUGUUGAAACAUAGUAAAUAUGAAAAUUUACUCAAUACGCAGUUCUCCAAGAACAUAUUCAAUACACCCAACAGGAUAUUUCUGUUGAUUGAUGCUGUAGACGAAAUAAGUCCAACUUAUACAGAUAUCGUGCUCAACUAUUUGGCCAAUACUUCAAAGGAAGAAAAUGUAAAGAAAAUAAUAGUAACUUCUAGACCACAACUAGAGGCAUAUAUUAAGGGUAGAAUGUGCUUGGAAUGUUUUGAUUUACUUCCAUUUUCUAAGGAAAACCAGAUAAUGUUCUUCACCAAUUUUUGGAGGAAUAUUACCGAUCACGAUUCAGGAAAAUUGAUUAAGAAUAUAAUGAAAAAAUUUGAUAAAAGAUCUUUGAAGCUGCUGGGUAUACCUCUGCUGACCAGAGUUAUUGCAGAUAUUUUUAAAGGUAGUAAAGAAACUAUGAACCGGACAAUAAACAAGCACAACUGUCUCAUUAUAUUUGAUUUAUUCAUCGAAACCAAAAAAGAAAUAUUCCUCAGUGACAAAUGCAGGACUCAAGGAAACGUUGCAGUCGACAGAGAAAUGUUGUCAGUUUUUGAUAAGGCAGUUAUUCAAUAUCAAAAACUUGCAGUUAGAUUGCUGGUUGAUGAAAAAGAUUGGCCGUUCUUCAAAGCUCACGAUACGAAUUUUCCACAGAUAUCAGAAACAGAUUUGAAAAUAGGAAUUUUACAGAAAGUGAACAACAAUGUCGAAUUCAUUCACCAUACUUUCGCAGAAUAUUUCCUUGCAAAAUGUGCUUGGAAUCAAUUGAAGGAGACCUACGAGACAGAUGAAUUUUUAGAGUUUUUCUCAACGUCGAUGCUAAUUUAUGGUGAUUAUGGGUUGUUCAGCACAUUUAUGGAAUGUAUUCUAUCGAAAGAAUGGAACAGUAUAAACGAGAAAACUCUGGUCGCUUGCAGUGAAAUACCCGUAGAAGAUUAUUUUCGAGUUUGA